UCAUUGGAUAACUAGACUUCAAUCAAAUGACGACAGCGGAAGCGCAAAGGAGGAAUUCAGCUCUGCACUGUGCACACUGGAAUUAUGGCUGCCUCUGGGAAAGUGGCGUCUUUCCGCUUGCCUCCCCUGCCCACCAUUGGCGAGGUGAUAAAGCUGUACAACCUGCGAGCUGAGAAACAGCUGUCCCAGAACUUUCUACUGGACAUGAAGCUCAUAGACAAACUGGUGCGUCAGGCAGGCAGUUUGAAGGGGGCGCAUGUGUGUGAGGUGGGUCCUGGUCCCGGGGGCCUCACACGCUCCAUCCUGAAUGCCGGUGCCAAAGACCUGCUGGUGGUGGAGAAGGAUACACGCUUCAUCCCUGGAUUAAAGCUGUUGUCUGAGGCAGCACCAGGGAGGUUGAGGAUCAUCCACGGGGACAUACUCACCUACAGAAUGGACCGGGGAUUCCCGUUAAAUAUCACUAAGCCAUGGGAACACGACCCACCAAAUCUCCACAUCAUAGGGAAUCUCCCAUUCAGCGUUGCAACUCCUCUCAUCAUCAAGUGGCUGGAGAGCAUGGCAAACAGGACAGGGCCCUUCAUGUACGGGCGCACCCGACUCACACUUACUUUCCAGAAAGAGGUGGCAGAGAGGCUGACGGCCAGCACCGGCAGCAGACAGAGGAGCCGUCUGUCCAUCAUGGCUCAGUACCUCUGCACUGUCCGCAGCUGCUUCACCAUCCCCGGACGGGCCUUCGUCCCCAAGCCUGAGGUGGACGUUGGAGUCGUUCAUUUCACCCCUCUGGUUCAACCCCAGAUCCAGCAGCCCUUCAAGCUAGUGGAGAAAGUCGUCAGGAACAUUUUCCAGUUCCGUAGGAAGUACUGCCGUAAAGGAAUUGAAAUGCUGUUCCCCGAGGCGUGUCGCCUUGAGCUGGCAGAGGAGAUGAUGCGCAGGGCAGAUGUGGAUCCCACCCUGCGCCCUACAGAGCUCACCAUCCCCCACGUCAGGGCCUUAGCGGACGCCUACGCCCACCUGUGCACCAAAGAACCCAGCCUCAUCACCUACGAGUUCAGAGAGGAGCUGAGGCUGAAGCACCUCGGUAGGCAAACAGGCACACGGAUGUCCACACUUAUUGACACGCCAGCAGGCACGCCACCACCCAGCUGAAAAACACAGCACAGAAAUGAGGGGAAAGCCACUAAUGGUCUCUCAGAUAGCACCCAGAGACAACAGACUGCUCUUAGCCUUGACAUUUCCACCUGGCAUAAGCAUGCAUUUUUAAAGCCUUUUUCCUCGGCACCCAGGAGGCAAUAGGUAGCUGGGAAGGCACAGAGUCCUGGGACAGAGACAAGAAGCACAAUGAAAAUAAAGGGGAUGGGUGGAUUGCAAGGGUACAUUGAUUGGAACAGCUCCAGGACAAUUUCCAGGCUGGGACAUCUCCCAAAAAAAAAGUCCAACCAGGAGUUGGAGUUGAGCCUGUCUAGAUGUUUGGGAAAAAUAAUAAUAAAAAAAAUGCAUGCUAGUUCCCAG